UUUUUUGUAAUUGUUUGUUUUAUUUAGUAAAAGAAUUAACAAAAUGGAAAACCUGUCAUUUGUUUUUGAAUCUGGAAACUUUAGCAACACUAGUAUGAAUUUUACUGAAGCCGAAUUUCAGGAGAUAUCAUAUUUUUGGAAGGACGCGGUUGCUUGUGUUUGUGCCACUAUUAUGUUCCUUUUUAACGGAUUUCUCUUGUGUGUCGUAAACCAAGACAGAAAGGCUUACAGGAAAUGCUAUUCGUUGCCAUUGCUGAAUUAUUUACUUAACUACACCUUCUUUGGAUUGUUCUAUUAUUUUUACAAUGUUCAUAUUCACAUCUAUGAAAAGAUGUCGCACAGUAGCUGCGUUUUCAUCCAUAUCAUGUAUACCGUGUUUAAAGAUGGAACACGCUGUUUCAUACUUCCGAUCUGUAUUGAUGUUAUAGUGCAAUAUUUUAAGCCGAAACUACACGAGAAACAAAAAUUUCUCUCCUUUCAGGCAAUUUUUCUUGCUGUUCUUUGGGGUAUUCUCUUCACCCAAACAAUUUCAAUCCACUCAGGAACGUCAGAAAAAGAUUCAAAUUUCUGCCUUCUUUACAUUCAUGUCUCCCUUAUAUGGUACCAGAUCGGGUUUGCUAUAUUCUUUGACUGUUUACUGAUCAUUUGUGUCAUUCUCCAGCUAUAUAUAGCGGCUAAACGAGAAGAGCCCUUAACGCUGACAUUCAACACUCUGGCAGCACAAACAACCAUAGCUUUGUUCCUGACAGUUCUUGACGUGGUUUCCAUAUCAGCAUCUAUUGUUAUGUUUGUGUAUAUGCACUCUCAACUGAUGAAUUUGUACAACCUUGUUGACUUUAUAUACAUGAUAGCCAGUGUAUUGUUACCGUUUUUCUGGCUCUGUGAUUCCUCAAUACGACAGAGUAUAUGGAAAAAAAUGACGAAAGGAAAUGCGAAACAAGAAGAUACAAAAGAAGAUAUCGAGUUAACUCCGCGAGAAAAGGAAUCUUAAACAUUUUAAACAUUUAUUUAUGCAUGUAUGUGUUUAUAUAUAUAUAUAUAUGUGUGUUUUUAUGUAUGUAUGUAUGUAUCUUUGUUUGUUUGUUUGUACCUACAUACGUAUGUAUACUCUCCUGCCUUUAUAACUAUUUGAAUUUUUCCAAUAAAAAUCGAAUGUGUUCCAAACAGAUAAACGAACCCCAGUCAGAAUUUAUAGGAACAACAACGGCCAAGAUAUACCUGUUGAAUUUUAAGAAAGUCUUGCAUACAUUUACUGUCUCGUUUACAGAUUAUAUUCGCCAGUAUGGGUAUUACCUGGUCACUGUUUUGACCGAAAACCCUCAUUUUACGUGCAUAAAAAUUGGGAAUUUAUAUAUAAAUAUAUAUACACA